UCUUUAUCUCUUGCUUUACCUGCUCAUUCAACUCUUACUUGUAGUAAAAACCAUUUCUUUAUGGCUAAUUCUAAGCCUAAGCGUGUUUAUCAAACUUGGAAGGGGAGAAAUAAAUUCCUCUGCAAUGGAAGGCUUGUAUUUGGGCCGAUGCAAAGUCCUGCUGGCACGCUUUUGCUUAUCCUUGUUCCUGUUGUUAUCUUUUGCACAAAUGUGGCAAGGAACCUUGUUCAUGAAGUUUCAGCAUAUUGCAGGUUAUGCGAUUCUGGUGGUGGCAAUUUUGCUCACAGUCUAUGUGCUGCUGCUGCUGUUUCUACUUCAGCCCAAGACCCAGGCAUUGUUCCCCGCAUUUACAUCCACCAGAAGAAGAAGUAGUGGCGAGUCUUCAGCCUCAGUUGAUACCA